AUGGAUCGGACUGAGACGCACUACGAGGUGCUUGGUCUGUCUCCUGAGGCGACGCUCCAUGACAUUAAAAAGGCAUUCAGGCAUUUGGUGAAGGUGUACCAUCCCGACAAAAACUCCAGUGCUGCGGAAGCGAAUCAAGAGCGAUACCUGCAAAUUCAAAAUGCAUUCGAAACUCUUAGCGACACCCGCGCUCGACAGGACUACGACAACUGGCUUCGUCAGCACGCAGAGAACCGACAUAUCGGCGCAAACAGCGACGAUUCCCAUUCAGAAAAGCGACGGGCAGCCGUGGAGCACCGCUUUGUAACCAGCUUCUACAAGACAGAGGGGCCUGAAACAACCUCACGUUCUAACGAAACUCACCUGGACGCAGGACUGUCCGGAUCUUCGCAAAAUUUCACUAUUGGACAAGCGUAUCCGCAUGCAAGCGAAACCACUGCCUCGUUAUUCCGUGAUAUCGAACCUGAAACAACUGAUUUAUUCCGCCGUCUCGACCGGGGUGGAGUGGCCGUGAGCCACUCUGAAGGGUUUGAACAGUGGCUUCGCUCUCGUCCCGCGUCCUCGCUGUACGUCGUAAACGAUGAAACCAUUCUAAACUCCCAGGGUCCCGCGCUGCAUCCCAAAGAGGACGAACUGCAUCGGCAUCAAUGCACGUGGCCAGUCUCAGCUAUUGUCGGAGAGGCUUCGACACCUGGCCAGAACAGCCACUAUAGCGAUGCUGUCGAUAGUAGCCCCAUGGACCAUCACAUCGAUGAGACUGACGGACAUGAGAAGGAGUUCAGGAGACGCCUGAGAGCUUCCGUGGAGGACGCCGAUAUCUGCGAUAAAUGCCAGAUCAAAGCGACUCGCAUAAAUCUGAAAGCCCACCUUGACUGGGAUGAAGUCCUGGUUCGUGUGUUGCAUGCCCCCGUACUCCCUUACGAUCUAGUCAUGAUUCGGGACGGUCGUGAUGUUCUAGGAACUGCUGCACAAACGGAAGACGAACGUCGUAAUAGCUGGCAUUUCCAGAAGGCUUCCGUCACGAACUACAGCCCGUCAAAGGAAUCGAAUAACUCAACACAAGAAAUCGUUCUCGGUUGCUCCUGGCUCGCUGAGGUAGUUGACGUGGGCCGGGGCGUCAAAGUUCUUAGACGCGGUGACUACGUCAUUCCUCUUGGCGCCGACCACGGCUGCUGGCGCGCUGCUUCGGUGUGUGCGGAGCGCGACCUCAUGACUGUCCCGAAAGAUGCUUUUCCACGCACUGAAGAAACAGCAGUUGCUAAGGAACUGUUCCUCGCGUAUUACCUUCUGCAGGAACAUACAAGAACCCUGAGACCUGGCGAUGCAGUUCUCGUGAAUGAUGCAGGCUGUCUUGUAGGACACAUGAUUGUGCAAUUCUGUCGGUUGCUGGGUCUGCGAUGCAUCUGCGUAGUGAGGGAGAAUUCGACGGGUCGGCACCAUUUUGAGACGACACAGACCCAGAAAAAUGGGGGCGGGGUGGAUGUCUCAGAAUACCUUCGAUCUUUGGGAGCAGCAGAAGUCUUUUCUCCCCGAGUCAACGUUGCGCGUAUUCUGACGAAGAAACGGCAGAGUCUCCCCCUGGUUGCAUUUGAACUGAGUGGAGGGAGUCUGGGAGGUCUUACAGCGGUUUCGUGGAUUGCUCGUGGGGGAAAAGUGGUUCUCGUCCACGCAGCUGGAAUGAUUCCACCGGCACGCGACAACAGCGCCAUCCCAUGGAACGACCUGUUGAGCCGCAACAUUCGCCUGGAAUCCUUCUACCUCAAUGGAUGGCUACAAAGCGCCCGCAAUCAGCAGAAAAUGAGGUCCGCUCUAGAGAGUGUCGGCGCCCUUGUCAGAGCAGGGAAGCUCGUAGUGGAUCUAGCUGAGCCGAUCGACUUCACUUCUGAGACAGGGGUCGAUGCAGUCUUAGGUGCUCUGCUUGCGCUGGACGACGAAACCACCGGCAGCUGCCUCCGGCAACCAAUUCUGUCUUUCGCUUCUUUGGAGACGGAGCGGCUGAUAUGUGAAGAGGAGCUGCAGAAGAAGCUUCUUCGAGAGCAACAGGCCAGGCAGGCACAAGAAUCCCUUUUCGUUCAAAACGCCCGCAACGCUGGUAGCAGCAGCACGAGACUGGCUUCUGAGGACAAAGUGCCAGAGCGGUCCAGCCUUUCGGCAGCAACCACGACAGAUGGAGAAGGUCUCGCUUUUGUUGAGCUGGAACCGGAACAGAGAGGUUUUGGGAAUAGGUCGGGAGAAGUGGAGCUGGCGCCGCUCUGUGUCUUCGCUCACGAUCGCGGCGAAGUGCCGGAGGAACUCCGAAUUCUAUUGAGACACUACAGACAGCACUUUAAGGAAUCGUUCCGCGGAUCACACUUUGUCUUUCCUACCGGACCCUUCACGUGCCCAGUGUUUCCCGUUGAGGCGGUGGUGUGUCUUGGGGCGCCUCUCUUAGCUGAGCGCGUUCUACAGUUCCUUGUCGGCCGAGCUGAUAGUCAUGCCAAGCAGGUGAAGAUUUUCUUUUUGUUUGGCUCCAAAGACCAAGAGUGCCCAGCCUGGAGCCAGGAAGAAUGGCGACGAGCGUUUGAAGAUCGUGGCUACUGCGUGACCAGAGAGACGAUUAUGGACGGCACACACGAGACAGACGACCGAACCUUGGCACACGUUGCCGCUGUGUUUUCCAUUCUGAGGCUCGAGUGA